CCCAUGCAUGACACAGGAGGAUCUGAUAAAUGUAUGCGGAAUUGUCUGCCUCGAGGCGUUGCCAGGGCUACAACUGUCACUAGGUUUGAAUCUUCUAUAACUGUUGCGCGCUCUGGAAUCUCUUAACCUCCAGUCUCCGGCCACUGCAGUUCUCUGUAGCGGAGGCGAGGUCCCCGGGCAGGCUGAAAGGCCAAGAGAAAACCCCUCCCUAUUUCUCCCUACCGGCUCUGAAGUUCAGUAGCGAAAAUGAAAAAGAUUUUCAGUUUCCGCAGAAAGCGAACAGUGAAUCCACUUCCAACCUCCACCCUCAGGAGGAGGGACAGCGGGGUCCAAGAAUCCGAUCCUAAUUCAGGAUACCUGAUUAGGGCCAAGGACCUGGAGAAGAUCCACAAAGCUGCCUCCACUGGGGAUGUGGCGAAGGUGCAGCACCAGCUGCUGCUGAGGAAGUCAGGUGUGAACGAUCGAGAUAAAAUGAAUCGGACACCUCUACACCUGGCCUGUGCUAAUGGAUAUCCAGAUGUUGUAGCUCUCUUAGUAGAGAGACACUGCGAUCUAAACCUGCUGGACAAUGAUAAUCUAACACCUUUGAUGAAGGUAU